AUUAAACAUCAACUUUACCUUUUCCCUUUCCUUUCUUCUUUGUUGCAUCUGAUGUAGACACAUUAUGUUCUGUUGCUCUCUUCCUUUAAAGAACACCUGCAGCAGCAUGUCCGAGUGCAUGCUGUGGAAGCUGUCAUGGCCUGCUGGGAAACUUGAGCAGUCUCUACAGAGCUUAACAGGGGUAGCACCAGGUGAAAGUACAGGUGCAACGAUGUCUGACAACGAUGAUGAGCAGGAGGACAGUGACACCAACUUAUUUGAUGGAGGUCUAGAUGGAUCAGACACCAUGGGUUUCGGUCCCCUGGUUCCUACUGAAACUGAGAGGUCACUUAUGGAGCGAGUGAGACAAGAACUGAAGCAUGAGCUCAAACAGGGUUACAAAGAGAAGAUAGGGGACAUCAGGGAAGAAAUUUUACGCAAAAGAAGAGCUGGAAAGCUGCCCGGUGAUACUACUUCUGUCCUAAAAGCCUGGUGGCAGUCACACUCAAAAUGGCCUUACCCAACGGAGGAAGACAAGGCAAGAUUAGUUGCAGAGACUGGGUUGCAACUGAAACAGGUAAACAAUUGGUUCAUCAACCAAAGGAAAAGAAAUUGGCACAUCAAUUCUUCCUCCUCAACUUCUUCUCAGAAGAGCAAACGCAAGAGGUAGCAACGUGGUGACUUAUGCUAACACUUAUUCUCUUUUUUUUAUCCUUAUUAUAAGCAGAAGCUCAAAAUCUUUCUUCACAUGUACCAAACUCGAUCCUUGGAAAAGUAGUGCAGGUGAAAAAUUAAGCGGCGAGCAUUUC